AAGCUUUGCAGAGAUGAGGGGACGAGCCCUGAUGCCCUCCCGAGGUCCACGGGGCCCCAUCUCCCCCUGCCCUCCCCCUGUGCCCGUGUGCCAUGCCCCUCAGCUGUGUGUGCCAUGACCCUCAGCUGUGUGUGCCAUGACCCUCAGCUGUGUGCCCGUGUGUGCCAUGACCCUUGGCUGUGUGCCCAAGUGUGCCAUGACCCUCAGCUGUGUGCCCGUGUGUGCCAUGACCCUUGGCUGUGUGCCCAAGUGUGCCAUGACCCUCAGCUGUGUGCCCGUGUGUGCCAUGACCCUUGGCUGUGUGCCCAAGUGUGCCAUGACCCUCAGCUGUGUGCCCGUGUGUGCCAUGACCCUUGGCUGUGUGCCCAAGUGUGCCAUGACCCUCAGCUGUGUGCCCGUGUGUGCCAUGACCCUUGGCUGUGUGCCCAAGUGUGCCAUGACCCUCAGCUGUGUGCCCGUGUGUGCCAUGACCCUUGGCUGUGUGCCCAAGUGUGCCAUGACCCUCAGCUGUGUGCCCGUGUGUGCCAUGACCCUUGGCUGUGUGCCCAAGUGUGCCAUGACCCUCAGCUGUGUGCCCGUGUGUGCCAUGACCCUUGGCUGUGUGCCCAAGUGUGCCAUGACCCUCAGCUGUGUGCCCGUGUGUGCCAUGACCCUUGGCUGUGUGCCCAAGUGUGCCAUGACCCUCAGCUGUGUGCCCGUGUGUGCCAUGACCCUUGGCUGUGUGCCCAAGUGUGCCAUGACCCUCAGCUGUGUGCCCGUGUGUGCCAUGACCCUUGGCUGUGUGCCCAAGUGUGCCAUGACCCUCAGCUGUGUGCCCGUGUGUGCCAUGACCCUUGGCUGUGUGCCCAAGUGUGCCAUGACCCUCAGCUGUGUGCCCGUGUGUGCCAUGACCCUUGGCUGUGUGCCCAAGUGUGCCAUGACCCUCAGCUGUGUGCCCGUGUGUGCCAUGACCCUUGGCUGUGUGCCCAAGUGUGCCAUGACCCUCAGCCCUGUGCCCUGUGUGCCAUGACCACGCUGCAGCUCGCAGGACCUGCCCUGCCAGGCACCCAGAAAUGUGCCCGAGGGUCGCGCCGGUUCCCAGAGAAGCGCACACUUUGUGUCCCCAGGCAUUCUAAGGCAAAGCUCCCUGGACACUGUGUGUUGGUGUAUUUAUCCACCCAGGUGUGUAGCUUCUGCCAUGCCCUCGAGCAGUGCCAGACUGCAGCAGCAGUCCCGUUAUCCAGGGCCAGCCUGCUAAGUGCCAGCCGGGCAUGCUAAGCUGAACUAGGCAGAGCUCCAGCCUCAGACCUUAUCUCCUCACAACAUCAGCAGUGUGUGUUUCAUGCUAGUACCUGCCAUAUGUUAUUUGUAUUUAUUUAUUAAGUAAAUAUGUCUCUUCUACAA